CGUGAGCGCAUAGAGAGUAGGUUCACCUCCAUGACUAGGUAUUACUGAUGAAUCACACACAGUACGAUGACUUAGCCGCGACCGCAUAUACCACCACAGUCAUCGCUUUCCUCACCAUACUCUAACACAGCCGCGCACGUACCCGUCACCUUUUCCUUCAAGACAGGAAUACGUGUAUGACUAUUUGCAUGAGUCAACCAGCAUACUAUAAAACCCAGCCCCCGGACAGCCUCGUCCUUCUUUCCUUCUACUUCACCAAGCUCGACAACCUGUUCUUAUUAUCAUUUUACUUUGUUCGCCAAACCAGAUCAAACUUUCGAAACUAUUCAUCAGCGAAAUUCACGACCCUACCGGUUCUGCGAAAACGUGUCUCAGGCAUCACCCACUUUACUCACAUAGCUCCGAAGAACGCUUGUGCAGAAUGCCGGAACAGCGCCCCAAAGAGUCCCCUUUCCCGCCAAUCAAAACAUACAUGUGUCCUUGGUACGAGGAUCUUCCCCCGCCCGGAAGGAAGUUUAACGAGAAGCAUAAUAUAUGGCAAAUCGGCUGGAAAGAAAAGUACGGAGAUGAAGUUAGUCAAAGGAUGGGAAAGACUACCAACAAAGAGCGUGCUCGAUCUCUCUAUAAAGAUGGUAUGAAAGUAGAUGGUGCCAAGCUGGACGAGGACUCUAUCAAUACGACGAAGGAGCUCGAUCAGAAAUCCCCAUUGUAUGGCGGGUGGUACGGUGACGCUACAAAGUUUCUGAGGGAAGCAUGGAAAGCUCAUCAUGGGACGGAGUGG